AUGCCAGCGUUGUCCAAUGGCGCGCGGGUGAUCUUAUGGGGAACUCCAGACCCAGUGUGCUUCCCAGUGCUAAACGUCAACCACAGUCAGUCCCGCAAGAGCCGUCUCACCGCCGCGGCGGAGAGCGCGAUUGCACACGUGGACUCGUGCGUGAUCAAACGCUUGCAGCGAAUGUUUGAGGCGAAGGACAAGGCGCUCAAGGACAUCAUGGCCGCGAAGAAGCGCAAGACCACCAGGGGCUCGCAGGCCGCGGAGACGCAGAUUGAGGGCGCGCUCGGGGCUGGCGGUGAGUCGAACCCAAACGAGCUGGAUGACGGCAAGAGCGGUGGCGUGUUCCCUGGAGUUUGGUCUCACGCAUUCCUCGGCGGUGCCAUCGAGCGCGUGCGCGAGCGGUGCGCUGGCGACUUCUCAGUCGUGCACCAGACGAAGGCGGUUGCGAGGCUACCGCCCAUGCAUACUGACUUUUUUGAUAGAGCAGGGCUGGGUGACCUUGAUGUCGCGGAGACGGCGAUGGCGACUCAGAGCGGCAUGCAUGGGCGGGUCUGGUGUGGCCAGGGGCUCGUUUACGACGAGAUCUACCAGUUUCUGCAGGGUCCUAGUAUUUUGGACAAGCCCAACGAGAAAAAACUUAAAGAUGGCCCAGGAGCAGGGCAUACGCCGGUGGCGGGUUGGUUCAAUCGGCUCGUGCAGUCUGGGAAGUCCGACCACGAGACCAAGUCGAACGGCUCGCACGGUGGCCUUGCCUCUCUCCCAGUAUCGACAUCCAUCUUGGGCAAUUUCCACUCGACACCGUGCAUCGAGAUGUUGCGCGGCGAGCGGGGCGACCACGGCUGCCAGGCCAAGGCGCGCGUCACCGCGUUCACCGGGUUGCCUGUUCAGCCCCGCGAGAUGUACGUCAAUCUCGACGGCGCAGCAUGCCCCGCGGAUUGGGUCGAGAUUCCUGAAGAAAUACGUCCAGAACUCGGCGCGGGCAGUGCUUUCAGCUCCGUCAAUUGUUUCGAGGCGUUCUUCCGCAUCGCGAACGAAGACGAAGAGGAGGUGGAAGGGCGCGAACCAUCCUUCGUGCCCGACGCGGGCGGGCUCAUCCACACGCUCCCAGACUCAGUGGAGGCGCGCGUGCGCAUGAAGUUGUGGUUGCUCCCGCGGCGCGACAUCGCGACCCCCGUCGAUGUCGAUCUAGGCGCGAGGGCGGCUGCGCUGGUGGAGCACUGCGCCCAGCAGGGCCCUCAUCGUGAUAUCGUCCUUUCGGCGGCCGCGAAGGGCAAGUUCGCCUCGUAUUCGACCUACUACAACAUCAUGGUGAAGACCGCUCGCGACGCGAACGACGCGGACAAGGGAGCAGAAAACGACAUCGGGCCAUGGAAACUUGGCAUGAUCGCCGCGUGCCUUCUUCUCCUGGGCAUCAUGUGGAAUCAGGCGGGGCUCGUGCACAUGGGGAUGACUUGGGACAUCCAGGGCUCUCACAUGGAGCGCGCGUUCAAGCUGGCGGGCAUCCUCGACGGCAUCCGCGCCGCGUUCCGCGACGACGCUGCUGUGGGGCGGCUGGCCAUGGAAGAGAACGAGAGGGCGCCAGCGUCCACCCGAGCUGAUAAGGAGCUUGACAACGCGGCGGUCGUGAAGAACAUGCCAGGCACGGAUACUGCGCGCCGCAUGCUCAGUAAGGCAUCUACGCGCGCGGACGGGGAGGGUGGCGACACCUUGUUCGUGCCCGCCAGCAGGGCCCAUGGUUUGUGGACGGCCAGGGGGUCUAAGGACCGCGAGAUCGGGAAGAUGUCGGUGCGCGUCUUCCGUAGCGCGGCAAAAGCAUGCACCCCGAAGCUCGGGAGCUACCGCGCCGAGAUGGACGCCCUGGUGCUUGUGGACGAAGCCGCUCCAGAUUGCGAGCCCAGCGUGGAAUUCAAGGAGGCUCUGAACAAUUACGCCAACAUGACAUGGGAGCAGUUGGACACCGCCGUCAAGAAGAACACGGCCGAGAUGCGCGGCAGCAAGAAGCGGGGCCGGAAGGCGUGA